AUGCCUUCCCGAAGAGCACAGAAAUAUGCCAGUCCUAAGCCAGAGGAGGAACAGUACUGGAAAAAGCCAACAAGACAUGAUAUUUCAGAUGAUGAAUCGUCAAAGAGCAGUAAUGCAGAGACUUCAGAUGAUGACGGCGAAGAGAAAAUUAUGGUUGAACGUUACUGGAAACGGGAGCCAUCUUCCCAUAAAGGAUGCGAGGCGCCAAGCGGAGAAGAGAAGAUAAUCAUUUCUCGAUUAUGGAAAAAGAAAUCCACUGGAACAAGCAAUGGAACGUCCGACAAAGAGACAAGCCGUGGUCAAUCGAAUGGUAGAGUAUCAGGGGUCACAAAAUCUGCGUCUUCCAAUGCUUCCACAAAUUCAUUGGAUACUUCCAAUUCGGAGUCGUCAAGUGAAUCCGAGCAAUCGCAUUCUGAUGACAGCUCCGAAGGUGAUGAUGAUUACAAAGAACACUACUGGUCUCAUCGAACUCGAGCUCCCCGUAAGUCGGGACAUUUACAGAAAAAAAGCCCGCGGAAUCGUGAUGAUCAGCGCGCCAGUUCUCGUAAUAGUCGACCGCCAGUCUGUCAGAAAUGUGGGUCUUACAAGUACCCCCGCAAACACUGA